AUUUCCAAUACUCUAUUGACCUUUACAUUUGCAGCUAACGCCAGAUCAAAAACUGUCUUAAUAAGCUGAGUAAUGGAGUUAGCUGCUGCAAAUGAAGAUGAACGGCCGGUCCUGCCUUGGGAUCAGUUUUCACAAUGGCUUCAUUGCGUGUGCGUUGUCACGUUUGACUUAGAACUUGGGCAAGCUAUGGAGUUUAUGUACCCUACCCAUAUUGAACUCAGCGAUGUAGAAAAAGCGAACAUAUGUUACCUCGCUUUUCCCGAUUCAAAUUCUGGCUGUAUGGGUGAUACACAAUACUGGUUCCGUAUUCGAAGAAAUUCACUUUAUAGAACCAACAAUAAAGAUACUGACUAUCAAUGCACGAAAGACUGCCCUGUAACAUUGCUGAAAGACGAAACACAUUACUACGGUUAUGUCUAUUUUCGACAAGUUCGAGACAAGACACUGAAAAGAGGUUACUUCCAAAAAUCAGUCGUUCUACUCAGCUCUUUGCCAUACUUUAACUUUUUCAAAGAAAUCUCAGACAUCAUUGCACCAGAGUAUUUUGAUAACGGAGUCCCUUGUUUAGAAGCAGCUUGUCAUGACAUUGACAAAUGGCCGAGUCCAAUACCUGGACAAAUUCUUAACCUGCCUUUAAUGGGAAUGGUUCUACAUGUGAGGAUACCUACUAAACAAGACAAGCCUGGAACCAAUGUACUUGAUAACACAGACAAAAGUCCUGACCGUACACCAUUUUCAUUAUCAUCAAUACAUGAAGUUGAUUUAUAUCAGAACUUAUCUGAUGUAUUGCCCCAUAUACAUCUCUUAUGGGAGUUAGUACUGAUUGGGGAACCUAUUGUAGUGAUGGCACCUUCUCCUACCGCAUGUUCAUCUACUGUACUUGCACUUGUAUCGUGUAUUAACCCAUUAAGGUAUUGUUCAGAUUACAGACCCUAUUUUACGAUCCACGACAGCGAGUUUAAAGAAUACACAACUAAAACACAAGCUCCGCCUUCUGUAAUACUAGGGGUAACAAACCCCUUUUUUACUAAAACCUUUCAACAUUGGCCCCAUAUUGUGCGAGUUCGAGAAGUGGGGUUGGGUAACUACGGGGGUUCAAAACCCACAUUAACCCCGAGCGACUCGAAAUUGAAAAAAUCAUCCGCAAUUAAAACUUUGGAUCCGAAAAGUGGAAUUUAUACGAAAUAUAAACAGUUUCUAAAAAAGGAUAAAAAUUUUAUAAAAGCAUUUACAAAGAGUUUAGUAGAAAACAAAACAAGCAAGACACAUUCUGCAUUACUAAGACGUCAUUUCCUUGAGUUAACACAAAGUUUUAUCAUCCCACUUGAGAGAUAUCUUGCCAGCCUUAUGCCACUGCAGAAGUGUAUAUCUCCUCUAAAAGCCCCUCCAACUUUGAAACCAUUUCGUCCGAAUGAUUUUAUUCAAACAGUUGAAAACAACGGGCCACAGUUAACCUCUGGUACCAGAGGAGACUGGAUAGGAUUAUACCGAAGAUUUAUGAGAAGCGCGAAUUUUGAACACUGGCUUGAAAGAAGGAAAGUGGAAAUGGAAAUGAAACUGGUCUCUCUGCAUAUGACAGCGCUGAGCGAAACGGAUUUAAUGGCUUGGUGUCAGGACAAAAGUGAAGUCGAAGUCGUUGACAUGAUUCUAAGAAUACGGCAAAAAAUUUCUCUUGUAAAAUCGCAUAAGAUAGAUGUAUCAAAUAUAACAGUGGACCAGCUAUCAGAACAAGUUACGAACAUCACUAAAACUUUACCUUUAGAUUUACAAGGUAUUUUAUCAAAAUAGGAGUUGAUUUUAUCCACUUUUCUACCCUUUAGUUUUAUUUUUCCAAGUGUUUUUUUUUUCAUUUUUAGCUAAAAUUGUCAUUUUUUUGGCAUUUUAAUUGUCUUGAAUUUUAAAAUUAUAUAAUACUUAGGGCACUGCCUGUUUUUGUGGCCUGUUUUUUGUGGAGAAAAUAGUCUGUUUUUUGCUUUUUAUUUUAAAUUUUUCUAAAAAUUUUGUUGUGUACUUCACGCAAAUUUUGGUAAUUCUUGUUUUAAAACACUGGUAACUACUAUGUUUAUGACAUCAUAUAUAAACCAUUGUUUUGUGCAAUAGUGCUUAUUGUUUUACAAGUUAAAUUCUAUGUUGUAUGUGUGUAUGCAUUUUCAUAUGGUAACUGUAUGUUCUAAAAUUUAGAAUCUAAAUUAAUAGGUAAAACUUUUAGGUGUAAUAUAAAUAAUAUGAAAUACAUGAUAAACGCAUACUCCAAUUCCCUAAAAUAAAUUAGAAAAUGUUUUUGCAACAAUAUAGAGAAAAAAAUAGGAGUCUUAUAAUAUGACCAUAUUUAUAAAUGCACUUGAAAAAUAUUACCUCUAAAAACGGCCUGGACUGUAACUAUAGUACUGUGGGGUAAGAUGGCUACCUUUAGCACAAAAUAUCCCAUAUUUUCUGAUCUGGUUUAUAACAAUUGUUAACGCUCUUUUGCGGAGUUGUAAGAAUAUGGUCAUAUAAUUAUGUAAAUAUUCUUUGUUUACUACCAAAUGAGAGAAAAAAAAUAUGUCACAUCUUACCCCACCAUAAUAUAUAUAUAUAUUAAAAACCCAAUAUUUAAUUUAAGCCCAUACUGGACUUAAAAAUGAACUUAGAAUAUAGCUGUUUUGCAGCAUUUUAAUAAAUUUGCAACUUAAGCCAAAAUGCAUGGCGGCACGCUUUGCCGUAUAUUUUUUGCGAAUUUUACUCUGCUGUGUGUUUUCUUCAAAAACUGUAUCAUGAAAUUGCAAAUAAAAAUUUUUACGAUGA